CGUUUUCCGCGCACAUCCGGUCUGGCAGAUGCUGGUCCACUAAGAGACGGCGCCAGCGAGCCAGCUUCCCACCAAAGUCGUGCAUCGUGCAGCAGCAGCAGCCGGCGGCUGUAGUAACGCCAGAGGGCGAGCCAUGUCUCGUCCCGCGCCGCCCGACUGCGAGAGGCUCUUGCACGCGUACGUGGACUCUGGCGAGCUUCACCGCAUCGAGCUCUGCUACAACGAGCACUUGCACCACGGGCACAUGCUGCCGUCCGUGCAGUACGACUACGGUCGCUGCCUCGUCUUCAGCCGCUUCCCGGCAGACAUCAUCAAGGGCAUCGUGCUCAUGGAGCAGCUGAUUCAGCUCGAGUACCGGCCCGUCGACAGCUGCUACAUGACGGCGCUGGCGCACACGAAGCUGGGCAACUACAACACGGCGCUGCAGUUCGCCAAGAUGAUGCUGGUGAAGGACCCGCGCAACUGCCAGGGUGUCGAGCUACAGGAACUGAUCCACCGCAAGGUGCUGCGCGAGUACCUGUUCCAAGUGGCCGUCGUCGGCGGUGUGGUGAUCAUGAUCGGCGUGCUGAUCUCCAUGGCCAUGGCACGGCGCUGACGCGACACUCCGAAAAGAACCUACGUGUGGUCUCGACGGACACUUCAGCCACCUGUUUUCUUGCAGACUGUCCACGGGGAAUCUUAACGUUCAGCUCAGCGUAGAGAACUUCGCGGCUGAAGCUCAGCGAGUCCGUUUCGAGGCGGGGGCUGGUUGUUGCGCGAACGUGGAGCGAGCUUUCUAUAGAUCUCCAUGCCACCCACAACGAGUGGCGUGCUUUAUAUAGAUCUCCAUGCCACCCACAACGAGACGAUCGUUUACAAACACGACGCCAACGAUGCCAAUGAGUUUCCAUGAAUUCUCCCUGUAUGUUCCGCGUUGCUCUAUCCCGUUCUGUCCUCUGUCGGACCUUGCUCAAUGACAAGAAAAAAGUCUGCAUGUCAAACCCGGAUGUACGGCAAGUGAAACAAGACCAAGAGAAUGUGUAGCGAGACAUGUCUUCAGGCUGCUGUCGCAAAAUGUCCUUGUCAGCUUCCUCUCCGCAACCGCAGCCUUGCCUUUCGAAAUGAUAGUUAAUGUGAAAUUGGGAAAACGGGAAAAGGAUUGCGGAAUGAAUAAGCCAAGGCUCAGAACGCGGGACCUGAGUUCAGAACUAAAUUGUAGGUGUAUUUUGCUACUUCGGGAAUGAUUCAGGGCGGCGGCCGCUGACGGGACCCAAUUUUUUAUGCAUAAUUGAAUUUUGCCAGAACUGUAGUUCGCAAACGAUUAACAAGAUGUUCUCCGCGGUACAAUGACCCCUUGCUCCCCGCCAACACCGGUAGAAAAUUAGCAGUCAUUCGGCAAACUAGACAACAGCCACCGCCAUAUCUUUGCUCUGCUGCCGAUUCGCCGUUCCCACGCUUUGCAAACUGCCCAUCAAGCCUUCUUUAUUCUAGUGAAAAGGGUGAAAAGAAAACCGUGGCAGUCGUUGCAAACAUAUCUCACAACGUUUCCGUGUGAUUACAGCCACUUGCGUCGUCAUUUGGGGCAGUUCGUGAAUUAAUAUGAUCGAAGUUUUUUUUACGCUAGCGGCAUUCCUUCCGCAUAGAGCAAGCAAACUGUUCAAUAAACAUUGCGCCAGGCGACAAUUCUUGGAAAAGGUCAGAAAAUUUCGAGAAGUUCAUGUCUGCCGCAUCCAAAUGUUACAAAAUUACAAUAAUAAACUCAAAGGCGUCAUUGUCUGAUAGCA